CACUAUGUGCAUAAAUACCGGAGAGCAGAUGCUCGUAAACAGCCACAACAACUGUACGAUAUCUGUCUGCGUUCGAGGACUUAAGCAGCCGCCUUUACAAGAUGAAGCUCUGCACCCUGUUUAUGUUUCUGACCCUCUUCAUUCUCAGCAAUGGUAUGCCGCCAAUCAGCAGGGACUACAACACACACUGUCGCUGUCUUCAGGUGGAGUCGAGGAUCAUUCCUCCAGACAAUCUGAGGAGCAUCAAGCUCUUCCCUGAGGGUCCUCACUGCGCAGACACAGAAGUCAUAGCUGGACUGGUGAGCGGGGAGAAGGUCUGCUUGAAUCCUCGAUCCUCCUGGGUGAAGAAACUGAUCCACUUUGUUCUUGAGAGACAACUGCAUCAGCAGGGAGGAGCACUUCCCAAGAAUAAAACUUCUGCACAGUAAACAAAUGAUGGUAACUCUGUCCUGCAACAAUGAGCCAUGCUGUUUUACUUUAAAGACUAACAAAGCACACCGUAUUUAACCUCAAUAUGUACCUUUAACUUCUUUUUAUUCUUUAUUUCUUAGAAGUUUAGUGUUAUAAGAUAGGGCAGACAAGUGUCAUUGCAUUAGAAUGGAAAGUGAGGAACCUGCUGUAAAAGUGCUGGAAGUUUGUGUGACCUGAAAUGUAAAUCAUUUCUCCGUAUAGAGGUUUGAUUGUGUGGCUUUUUGAAAGCAGAUUUUUGUAUGAAGCACUAAAUUUGUAAUACAUAAUUUCUUUAUGAUACUCCUUUUGAUGAAGCUUUAUAAAUAGCAAUUGAUUGAGUUCCUCAUUAAGGUCUUGUAUUCGAAAGAAUCACUUAAAAACUCUAAUUUUAGGCUUUAAAGAAAAUCAAAUAUAUGUUUAAAACAUAAAAUGUGUCAUUUCAUGUUUUUGGAUGUGAGGUCCUGUUUUACCAUGUUUGAUUAAAAGUUAGAAUUUGUGUAUGUAAACUGUGAUUAAGUUGAGCUACAGGGAGGUUUGUCUUGCAGCCAAGUAAAACAGAGCAGAGACUUGAUCAUGAGAGACAGAAAACAAAAUAAGCAUGACGUGAACUUGUGCACUUUUGCAGCUCUCACAUCACUCAUAAUAACCCCAUUUUUGGUUUCUCAGCCACUCAGCAUGAGGAGGUGAUUUCAUAUGAAAAAGCGACACAAAUACAUUGCCUCUAUAGCUUGAAACACCAAUGUGCAUAAGCAGGGACUUAAAACAAUCAUGAACUACAGCAAGGUCAGCUGCUCUCCGCAUAACAGCUACAGCUUGCUGCAUAUUCGUUUUAGCUGUUUUGGACCAAAUCUAAACAUUUUCAUGGCCUUGCCCUCUUUGCUUUCUGGGAACACAUGUUGUAUGAGAAGCUGUGGGUAAAGCAGUCUGGAUUCCAGUGAAUAUUGCACAAGCGCAGAGUGUGGGCACUCUGCCUGCCAGAAAUACAUAAAGAAAGUGUUCCUCUGUUGUGUUAAAGGUAUCUUUUAACUUUAAGCUCUUUAUAAGUCCUUUUGUGCAGUGAAGCUUAUGAAGCAGCUUGAAGUGAGAUCAUUAUUCAAAAAUGCCACAAGAGCCAAAAUAAAGUGAGGUCAGUGUUAAUAUUC